AGGUGAAUGGGGGUGGCGUGCGGGAGAAUUGGCACGACAUGCGGGUGAACGAGCGGGACGUGAGGCUGAACGAGCAGGGCGUCGGGCUGAACGAGCAGGGCGUCGGGCUGAACGAGCAGCGCGUCAAGCUGAACGAGCAGCGCGUGAGCAUGAACGGGGACAAAAUAUAAGUGGGCGGCGUCCAAGCAUGGUGACAUGGUUUCAUAAUGGUAUACAACGGAGAAGAAUCAUUACCAAUGGAGAUUUUAUCAUAGAUGAUUCCAGAGCACUGGAAUUACCAACUCAUGAUGAUACAUCCAUUUCUCAUGGAGAAGAGGAUAGUGAAACUAUUGAAGAGGGUUCUCCUCCAAUCGCUAAAGUAGAAGAAUACAGACGUUCUUGGUGGCAUCUAUGUAAUAUUCUAUAAUAACUUACAUGUAUAUACCAAAUAUAGCCAAACAUGGAAAAAUAAUGAUGAAUAAUUGAAUAAUAAUGUGCCAAUAUAAUGCAUUAGGCAGAACAAUUAGUUGUAAAUUUAAAUAAGAAAUCUCUUCAUUCGCGUUCCUAUAA